GUUCAUCGUCUUUUCCUUCCAAUAAGCUUCCCCCAAACUUUCGGCUGCUGAAUCUGCGAAUCUCCGGUGUUCGCUCAACCAUGGCGUCGAUCGCAAGAUGGAGGCCAGCUCUUCUUAUACUCUUACUGCAAUUCUUUCUUUUGGUUCGCUCUCCUGUGCUUGCGAUCUCACCUGGGUCUGUCGAUGGUUACACUAUCAAUGGCCGAAUUAAGAUCCCAGUAGCAAAAGGUUUCGGUGCUCCUGUGAAAAUAUCAAAUGUCAAAGUCAUACUGAAUGGUGGCCAAAAUGUUACCUUUUUGAGGCCUGAUGGAUACUUCUCAUUCCAUAAUGUUCCCGCCGGGACACAUUUGAUUGAAGUGUCAGCAACUGGCUAUUUCUUUUCUCCGGUCCGAGUUGAUGUUAGUGCUAGAUUCCCGGGAAAGGUUCAGGCAGCGUUGACUGAGAACAGAAGAGGUCUGACUGAGUUGGUUUUGGAGCCAUUGAGGGAAGAAUAUUAUUAUGAGAUCAGAGAACCAUUCUCCAUAAUGUCACUUGUCAAAAGCCCAAUGGGACUGAUGAUAGGGUUUAUGUUAGUUGUGGUGUUCUUGAUGCCCAAAUUAAUGGAGAACAUGGAUCCUGAAGAAAUGAAGCGAGCGCAAGAAGAAAUGAGGAACCAAGGCAUUCCCUCGCUGUCAAAUUUUUUGCAGCCAGCUGCAGCAGCUGCUACUGCUAGGAGUGGUUAGAGAUUUUACUUCCGAGUUCAAUAGUUCAUGUUCCUAUUCGGUCCUGGUUGAUUCCAAAGUUAACUAUUCUACCAACAUUCUGUAUUUUAUAACAUUGCAAAAACUUGUUAAGACACUGGGAAUGCAAGAAACUACUCUAGAAUAGCGUACACUUCUCAUCUUCGAAUGAGUGUUUUGUAAGGAAUACCAGCCAUUAUUCUAAUGUUGCACAAUAGAGACUUGGUGUAAAAAUGUUUAGUAUAAUAGUUCCAUGUUGGGUGGGUUGAAAUUAAGAAAAAUUAUUUCCACUAACGCCGAUCACUGUAGCGCAAGUCACGUUUUACUAUUCAUACAGACUCAAAAUUACUAUUCACUUUCUUUUGAUUGGUUGGCUGUCUGUCGUGGACCAUGAUGUUGACCAAAGGAAUUGCUGGUUGCUUCGCUGCCAAUUCUAGCCCCUUUGCGCCUUCCUUUUCUUGUGUUGGGGUCUUUGAGUUUCACGUCGGCCUCAAAUCCACUGUCUGGUAUCAUGGGUGCUAAUUGCGAAGGUUUGGAAAGAGUGAAGGUCUUCGUGUCCCAAGGGUUUCUCGGGUAUUGCGAUCCUUCACAUAGAAGUUGAGCGGCCCUUUGACGAGUUGGGUCUUCUGCGUGAUGAUGGGCGCUCUUUUUCUCACUUCCCUCUCUUGAUCUCUGCUUUGGGAUGGCCGCUGCCGUCUGUACCUGACCUGCAAGGAAGUUGAGUGACCAUUUUCCCACCACCAGGCGCGGUGUCCGAUGGAGGUGAUUCAACCCUUUGGUCAAUAGGAGAGAUGGUUAAAGGCAAAUAAGAAACCAGACACCAUUCCUUCUCUCCCAUUCCUUACUCAUAAUUCGAUUUCUCUCUCAAGAGCAAUACAUUCUCACGUUAUCUCUUCCCUCCCUCUCUCUCUCUCUCUCUCUCUCUCUCUCUCUCUCUCUCUCUCUCUCUCUCUCUCUCUCUCUCGGAACCGAGGUAGUUACGAGACGCCAGGGAAUCGCCGAUAACCCGCGAUUUUGAGUAUCCUUCAUCGACGAAGAGAAGAUUCGGAGAUGGUCUCUCUCUCAUCUCGGAGGCGAGGUAAUUGUCAGCGACCAGGAAAUCGUCGAUCACCCGCCGGUUGUGAGGAUCCAUCUCCGACGAAGCGGAGAUCCGAAGAUGGUGCAGGGCCGAUUCUCAAGCCAGAGCAUGCUGAUUCUCUUGCCCUUUGAUUUUUUCUGGCGAAAUCGAGGUGAUUGACGGGAUGGGGAUCGCCGAGAACCUGCUGGUGAUCAUCGUUCUUCUCUCUCCCUCUCUUCUCGGAACUUCGACGGUUUGACCAGACACCGAAGAGCACAGGCUUUCCGGGUUAGUUUGUUUUCUAUUUUUUUCCCGAAUGGUUUUGUAUCUCUCAUUCUGCCUCAGAAGAAUCUGUUUCAUCUGUUUUCUGACAAUAUUCUGGCUUUGGAUUCGUUGAUAGGAUUUUCUGAGAGCUGAGUUGAGCGUCGAAUCUCAGCGAAAGGGUGCGGGACUAUUAGAUUGUUGAGUUCUAAUGGUGUUCACAUUGAUUUGUAGGUUUUGUUUUAGUUUUUGACGGUUAAUCUCUCUGUUCGUGGAUGGAUCCUUCUCUGUUUGACAGUGUUUUUUCUCCUAUCCAGGGAAAAUAUCGGUGAUGCAUUACGUGUUUGAGAUUCGAACGUCGGCGGCAAUCGUAUGAACUCCAGUCAGAGGGCAACAUACUCGAAGGGUUGCUUUGAUGUGAAGAGCAAUUGAAUUCUAACUUGGUGAUUCAUGUGGCGAGGUAUUUAAUAACUCAUAAAUCGAUCACCAUACCAAUGUUUAUGAGCCCUGGAUGCCAUGGAGUAGGAACUUUCGAAACCUUUUCCUAGCAUUAAGGUUCUUUCUUAAUUCCUUUGUUUUCUUAUUGAAAUCCUGUUAAUAUGAUUUUCCUGUACUUUUUUAUUCCGAAUGCAGAUUUUACAAACUGUAGAGAUUGAUUGGAUGACUCCGCAUAUGUUAGAACUUAGAGGGGAAGCUCAAGUGAUCAUGGGUUCGGAUCCAGGGCAGGAGUUACUUAAUGAGUACUCCUCAUCUUCUUUUUUUGAGUCUCAAUUAUAUCUUUCUCAUUUUAUUCAUGUUUUGGAGUGUGCUAAAUCAAAGGCACUUUAUCAA